AUUCUUUGAAACAGCAGCUUUUCCAGAAGGAACAAGGGACUUAACCAACUCACUCACGUUCACUCACUCAAGGGACGAGAAAACAGCUGGACAUUAACGGCACCAAACUGUUUUUUCUAUUUAUUUUACAACUUUUUGAAAGCACAGUUACUUUUGGCGCUAUGGCGAACACCUGUCUCCAACUCACCGGGUUUGUCCUGGGUUUUCUGGGCUGGUUGGGCAUUGUGAUAGCCACAGCCACGAACGACUGGGUGAUUAACUGUAAAUAUGGACUAAACACGUGUAAGAAGAUGGACGAGCUGGGCGCCAAAGGGCCGUGGGCGGACUGCUUAAUAUCCUCCGGGACCAACCACUGCGUCUUCCUUACGCAGCUGCUGGACCUGCCAGCGUACAUCCAGACGACCCGCGCGCUCAUGAUCAUGGGGUCGUUCUUGGGGCUGCCCGCGGUCGGGGUCAUCCUCAUGUCUCUGCCCUGCAUCAACCUCGGCAACGAACCACAGAGAUCCAAGACCCAGCGCACGGUCAUCGGAGGAAUCAUCCUACUCAUAGUCGGCGCGUGUGGGUUGGUCUCCACAGUCUGGUUCCCCAUCGGAGCGUACCAGGAGCAGGGUAUGAUGGCGUUCGGCUUCUCGCUGUACGCCGGCUGGAUCGGGACCAUCUUCGUCCUGCUGGGGGGGUGCAUGCUGACCUGCUGCGUCUCCGAGUCCCACUCACGCGCCUACCAGGACAACAACCGAUUCUACUACUCCAAAAACGGCACCAACAGCAGCGUCCCGGGAGCGCCGUCGGCCAAUCACGCCAAGAGCGCGCAUGUCUGAUUGGAUUAAAGUACUGUGUAGUGAUUCAGAAGUGUUUUAUACAACUUUUUGAGUGUUUGGGGUUUCAAAGUACAAGAAGCAAAGAAAAAAACUUGGACUUUUACCGCAGGAUUCAAUCAACAAUAAUCAAGUAGACUACAAAAAAACACGAAUCUCUUUUGGACUUUCCAUGGGUUUCAGAAUGAUGAAAAAUCUGGACUGUUGCCAUAGCGAAUAUCAACUUUUUCGCUAAUUCAGAAGAUACUGUAUUUGGUCUUUCAAAGCACAAGAACCAAAGCGAAAAACUUGGACUUUUACCACAAGAUUCAAUCAACAAUAAUAAAGUAAACUCUGCUCGUACGUUACAAAAAACAUGAAUCGCUUUUGGACCAUCCAUGGGUUUCAGGACGAUGAAAAAUCUGGACUGUUGCCAUAGCAAAUAUCAAUUUAAAAAUAAAUAUUAUACCUUUUCGAUGGGGAAAGUCUUAGUUUCUUAACCGUGACUAAACAAGGCCUGAACCAACUGGACUAAACCCAAUAUAAACCAGCGCCAAAUGAAAACAAAUCCUGUCCUUAAAUCAAAUUCGGACCAAGACUGAACCAGGUCUAAACGAGGACUAAACCAGGUCUAAAUUAGGACUAAACCAGGUCUAAAUGAGGACUAAACCAGGUCUAAAUGAGCCCUGAACCAACUGGACUAAACCCAAUAUAAACCAGCGUCAAAUGAAAAGAAGUCCUGUGCUUGCAUCAGAUCCGGACCAAGACUUGAAUCAGGUCUAAAUGAGGACUGAACCAGCUCUAAACGAGGACUGAACCAGGUCUAAACGAGGCCUCAAUCCAGGACUAAGCCAGAUCUCAACCAGGACUUGUUCCAGCUAAAGCACUGAAGAAGCCCACUAAGAAAUACUGCAAAAUCAUUUCCUCCAAACAUUUCAUUUUUCACACAUUUUACUUCUGGAGUUUGUUCUUUGAUCGACUGCCCUCUCGCUCUUGUAGGUCUUGAGAAAAACGGUCUGCGGUUAGAUGUUUUUACGAUAAUGUUAUAUUUUGUGAUUACUUUUUGAUAUAUUUUGCUGUUUUCGACGGUUUAUUACGAUGAAGAAUUCCUCGGAGUCUUGAGUAGAUUCAGCUUUUGAAUAAUAGGCUUCAUUAAAAGGCGUUGCACUGUUUUUCUUUGAGAUGAGCAAAGUAUAUUUCAAAAUAAAAGUCUUUCUGCGAUGUAUGUACUGGGUGUAAUGUUACGUAAUGGAGUCGAGGCCAUGCACUGACCCAAAGUACUUUAUCAUUAGAUGUAAAACAGUUUUAACGUAACAGAAAGUUUUGUAAUAUGUACUUUUUGCCAUCCAAACUCCAAAGAUAUGUAUUUAAGUUUUGUUUUUCUUCAUUAACAACAUCAAGAUCACAUGUACUGUCAAUUGUUUUGCUGUUUUACUAUGUUUUUUCUUUGUUAAAGUUGAUUAUGAAGCUAUUUCCAAAACUAUAAGCAGGCAGUAUUAUAAUAAAAGCAGUUUACACGUUCAAAUAUCAGUUGUUUUGACUCUAACUUCUUUAUAAAUAUGCAAUACUUUCUCAUAAGGCAUAGCAAAAACAAGCACCGUGUUUUCUGGAGUAUAAGUCGCGUUUUUUUCAUAGUUUGCGGGGUGUGACUCAUACUCAGAUGUGAUUUAUAAGUGAAAUAUGUGGGUUUUUUUCUUCAUUAUUUUGCAUUUUUUGGCUGGUGCGACUUUUACUCCUGUGCGACUUAUACUCCUGUGCGACUUAUACUCCAGAGCGACUUAUACUCCAGAGCGACUUAUACUCCAGAGCGACUUAUACUCCAGAGCGACUUAUACUCCUGUGCGACUUUUACUCCUGUGCGACUUUUUCUUCAGAGCGACUUAUACUCCUGUGCGACUUAUACUUCAGAAAAUACAGUACUUUGACUACUUUAAGAAUGAAAUUUCCAUGAUAUAAAGGUACAUCAACAAACGUGGCAAAAGUUCUGUUUUUUUUUUUGUGGUAUUUUUGCAAGUGCAGAUUCAGUUUAAAUCGUGUUUGCCAAACCCAGUGUUGUAUAAUGAUUAAUUCUGUAAACUGAACUGAUAAAAAAAUGUCCUGUUUGUCCUCCUUUGCCCACAGCCUGUAUACUUGGAUAGAUGUAUUGCAGUAUUUGUACACUGCAUCAUUCGAGUGUGUGAUGAGUGAGCGCUCCUGUGGUCCCCCUGAGUCGCCCUCAGACGUCUGAUCUUUUUUUAUUUAUUCUACGGUUGAUUUUCUACAAUAAACAAUGACAAUGAGCAC